UAAUAUAAAAUAUUGACAGACCACGUGACAGCACUCGGAAGUGACGCGGGGUGCUCAAAAGAGUUCAGCAAAGCAUCUGGGAUCAAAGCAGCAGCAGCAGCUCGGUGUCUUCAGAGAGAACCAGAGAGGGACAGACGGCCGACUCGGACAGUAUCUGUGACCAUAAUGAAUCCUGUGUACAGCCCUGCGCCAACAGGGGUCCCCUUCACCAACACUAAGGGUAUAGGCUACCCAGCUGGAUUCCCUGUUGGUUACGCAGCAGCUGCUCCAGCGUACACCCCCAAUGUCUAUGCAGGAGCUAACCCAGCCUUCCCCAGCGGCUACGCUCCAGGAACUCCUUUCAAAAUGUCCUGCUCUCCCAACACGGGGACGGUCCCUCCGUACUCCUCCUCACCCAGCCCCUACCCUGCUGCCGUUUACCCUGUCAGGAGCACCUACGCCCAACAGAACCCAUACGCGCAGGCGUUAAUUCCCUCACAACAACAGGGCACCUACUACACACAGCCGCUGUAUGCUGCUCCCCCUCAUGUUAUCCAUCACACGACGGUGGUCCAGCCCAAUGGGAUGCCUGCAGCCAUGUACGCCCCGCCCAUCCCCCCACCCCGCCCCAACAGUGUUGCCAUGGGGAUGGUAGCCGGGACCACCAUGGCCAUGUCUGCUGGAACUUUGUUGACAACUCCAUCACCAGCGCCUGUCGCCCCCCAUCCUGUCACGAUGCCCACGUAUCGGCCUCCUGGCACACCCAGCUACAGCUACGUGCCCCCGCAGUGGUGAAGAGAGGGAAGCGUCAGCGGAUGGUAGAUAUGCAUUCACACUCUACUCCAGUGUUUUUUGCUCUUGGUGAGGACCUGAUCUGCCAGCGUCUGCAACCAGUUACUCUUCUUCCAGCAUAAUGUGAAUCUAAAACCCAACUACAUAGAAAGAGGCCCAUUCUAGACAGGGAGAUGGUGAAGAAUAGGCCCGUCCCCAUGACCCCCCCCCCCUCUCUCUCUUAAUGGAAUAAGGCUGCAUCCCACGCCACCCCCCCAGCGCCAGCACCUCUACAACCGGCUGCAUAUCUCACAUCAAACAGCAAAGCCUCCAUGCAAACUUUUGGUGGACUGUCAUGCAGGUUUUUAUAGCUUAAACUCUUUAAGUGGUGAAAAGGGAGUUUGGAAUUGUUUUUGUUGUUGUUGUUUUUUUUAUUUGGGGGACACAUAUGACAUUGAAUGCAUGUGUAUAUAUAGAUAUAUGAAGUAAUGCUAGCUCAAUCUACCUGCUGUGACAGAUGCAAACUCAACAAAAGGCACACAUCCAAAGGAACUAAAAAAAAAGUAAUAAUCUGCAAUGCUGAAUCACCAGUGACCAUGUCUUAAAUGUGAAAGAAGAAAAGACAAGAAACGUUUGUUCAUGCAAAAACAUACCUGCACGGUCCAGUGCAGACCAAACUGUACUAAUCUCACUGCUUUGUGUUUUGGUAAGUGACGCUCAGUUUUUAUUGUUUCUUUCAGCGAUGCGGUGUUGAUGCAUUACGUCUUACCAUGUUUGUAUUUUAGGAGAAAGAUAGGACACAUUUUAGGAAAAGCAGCUUUUGUUUCCUGCCUGAAACACUUCUGGGUGAUUUCAAUGUUUAUCACUUAUUUUAGCCACAAGUUAUUCUUGGUGGGGAGCAAACAGAGGAUGAUUUUCAAAGUCAUUUGCAGCCAUUUAAUGAGCUGUGUAUGUGUGUGUGUGUGCGUGUGUGUGUGUGUAGGAAAGAGGACUAAAAUAAGUACCAUUAAAAAUGGUGCCAUAUAGCGUGAGACAUGCUUUGACUUUUCAACCCACAUGUCACAAUCAUCAGUUUGUCUUUAGGUCUGAAGCACUAUGUCAUGAAAUCACAGCUAACUGUGGACAUGUUAGGACAACAUGAUAUGAUAAUAGCACUAUUGAGUGAAGGUACUAAUUCAAACCAGUCUGUAAAGAUAUCCAACCUUUGACAUUGCUAACUGUCGUACCUCAAGGCUCCAGGUUAACCACCAGUAUCACUGUUUUAGACAUGCUUUUCUAUGUUGCCUCAGUCACCUCAGUUAAAUAAUCUGUUUUGUAAAUGUUAUUUUUGUGAUUUUGGUUCUUGUUUUGUAUUCUAAAGAAAGACCAAAAAUAAAAACAAAUAUAAGAACAA